AAAGAAAGAAACCCAGAUAUUGAUGCGCUGAAUUAGAGCAGAGAUGUUAAAGAAGCCACAGAAGAUCAGCAUGUUUAUAAAGAAGUGGUCGGAGCUUGAUUGGCGUCUUCUCCUCUUAGUCAUUGUUCCCCUUUCAUUUUUCUUUUUUCUUUUUUCAUUGUCGUCUACACAUAUCGCCUCUGUUGUCCCGCGCCAGUCUUUUAACUUCGGCAAAAACUCGUCGGAUGUUAAAAGUUCGCGUCCCCACAUGGCCGGCGGUGACCGGUGGAGGAUCGCGGUGUGCUUGGUUGGUGGAGCAAGGCGGUUCGAGCUGACGGGACCCUCCAUUGUGGAGAAGGUUCUUAAACGGUAUCCCAAUGCAGACCUUUUUUUGCAUUGUCCAAUGGACAAGAAUGCCUUCAAGUUAUCGCUUCUAAAAACUGCCCCUCGGCUCGCCACUGUUCGGAUAUUUGAGCAGAAACCAGUGCCGGAGACGGAGGAGCAAGUUCGCGUCCUCACGGCGGCCAACUCCCCUAGUGGUAUCCAGGGUCUCCUACAGUAUUUUAAUUUGGUGGAGGGAUGCAUCACGAUGAUCGAAUCACACCAAAAACAACACAAUUUCACGUAUGACUGGAUCGUUCGCACCAGAGUAGACGGUUACUGGAGUGCACCGUUACAUCCCAAAAAUUUCGUGGCAGGUCGAUACACCGUCCCUUCUGGCUCCGUAUACGGUGGCAUCAAUGAUCGCCUCGGUAUCGGCGAUUACUACACCUCCAAAGUGGCUCUCUCCCGACUUUCUCUCGUCCCCGAAAUCGACAAGGCAGGGUAUAGGCAACUGAACUCGGAAUCUGCCUUCAAAGCUCAACUCACCGCCCUGAACAUAUCGUAUAUUGAAAAUAGAUUGCCGUUUUGCGUCGUGACGGAUCGGACGUACGAGUUCCCCCCUGCCCAUUUGGGUGUGCCGGUGGCGGCUAUGUCGAGUCUGUGUCCACUGAGUGGUGCCAAAUGCAGGCCAUGCACUCCUGUUUGUAAAGACGGUUGCGUUGCCGACGUAAUGUCGUCGCUUGACAACAGAUGGAGCUGGACCGACUGGAGUAACGGGACUCUUGAGCUAUGCAAUGCUGAAGGCGGGUGGGAGAAGGGAUGGGAGAAGGUUUUCGAUAGAGUUGCGGGUAAAAAGCUCGGUCAGGAGAGGAAGCGAGUUAAUGGUUUGAAGUUCGAGGAAUGUGUUGGUGAUUUUAGGGACAUGAUGAGAAGGGCUGCCAAGUGGGAGGCGCCAGCGGCGGAGGAGAUUUGCGGAUUGGGGCUGGGGAUGACGCAAAAAUGAAUCUUUAAAAUCAAAGCUUAUUUAGUUUAGCUAGAGAGUAACUAAUUUCGGAAUUGUAAAUUCUUUUUUAAAUAAUU